GGCUGUCCUUUUCUCAGCAGAGUCUCUCACCAACUCAGUGCUACAGACUCCCUCUUUAACCAUGUCCGUCAGAGCCAUGAAGACCACCACUUACUCCACUGCGUCUUCUCACAGGGGCCCAUCUCAAGGCUUCAGCAGCAGGUCCUACUCUGGCUAUGGUGGUGCCAGUCAGAGCAAUGCUGUCCGCAGCUCCUACGGGGGAGUGGGCAGCUGUGGUGCCAGUGUGGUUGCCGGGGGGUUUAAGGUGGCCGGUGGGUAUGUUGCUGGGGGUUCUUCGCAAAGAGGUGGCGGGGUAGAGUUUGGCUAUAUGGGAUUUGGUGGAGGUAUGGGAGGUGGCAUGGCCAAUGAGCUGGUGGCCCCCAUCACAUCAGUGACUGUGAACAAGAGCCUGCUGGCGCCGCUGAACCUGGAGAUUGACCCCAACAUCCAGGUUGUCCGCACCCAGGAGAAGGAGCAGAUCAAGGGCCUCAACAACCGCUUUGCCUCCUUCAUUGACAAGGUACGUUUCUUGGAGCAGCAAAACAAAAUGCUGGAGACUAAGUGGAAACUUCUGCAGGAACAGACAACGUCUCGCUCCAACAUCGACAGCAUGUUCGAAGCUUACAUCGCCAACCUGCGCAAGCAGCUCGACAACAUGGGUUAUGAAAAAGUCAAGCUGGAAUCUGACCUGCAUCACAUGAAGGGCCUGGUCGAGGACUUCAAAAACAAGUAUGAAGAUGAGAUUGAAAAGCGCAAUGAAUGUGAGAACAACUUUGUCCUCAUGAAGAAGGAAACAGAUGCAGCCUACAUGAUUAAAGCGGACCUGGAAGCCCAACUGGACGGGCUCUCUGAUCAGAUUGAAUUCUUGAGGCAGAUCUACAAUGCAGAAAUCAAUGAGCUCCAGGGCCAGAUCAAGGACACAUCCGUUGUGGUCGAGAUGGACAACAGCCGUAACCUUGACAUGGACGCCAUUGUCGCUGAGGUGCGCGCCCAGUAUGAGGAUAUCGCAAACCGCAGCAGAGCAGAAGCUGAGUCGUGGUACCAGACCAAGUACACAGAGAUGCAGAACUCAGCCAGCCAACAUGGUGACAACGUGAAAUCAACAAAGGCAGAGAUCGCUGAAAUUAACCGCAGGAUAAUGAGGCUCCAGUCUGAAAUUGACAUGGUUAAAGCACAAAGAAUCAAUUUGGAGACUCAGAUCGCAGAGGCCGAGGAGCGUGGUGAGCUGGCAGUGAAGGAUGCUAAGCUCCGCAUUAGAGAGCUAGAGGAGGCUCUGCAGAGAGCCAAGCAGGACAUGGCCAAUCAAGUCCGCCAGUACCAGGAACUGAUGAAUGUGAAGCUGGCCCUGGACAUUGAGAUCGCCACCUACAGGAAGCUGCUGGAGGGAGAGGAGGACAGGUUAGCAACAGGAAUCAAGAUCAAUGUAGCAAAACAGACAUCUGGGAACUACAGUGCCUACGGUCAAGAGAGCUACCGCACCCCAGUCUACACCAGCUGCUCCUUUGGAGGAGUCAAAGCCAGCAGCUCCUUUGGAGGAGUCAAUGCCAGCAGCUCCUUUGGAGGAGUCAAUGCCAGCAGCUCCUUUGGAGGAGUCAAUGCCAGCAGCUCCUUUGGAGGAGUCAAUGCCAGCAGCUCCUUUGGAGGAGUCAAUGCCAGCAGCUCCUUUGGAGGAGUCAAUGCCAGCAGCUCCUUUGGAGGAGUCAAUGCCAGCAGCUCCUUUGGAGGAGUCAAAGCCAGCAGCGGUUCCAUCACUGCCCUGGAGGGAGGAGCGGUGAAGAGCACCACGAUCACCAAGACAGAAACCGUGGUGAUCAAGACAGAGGUGGAGGAGAAGAAGACAGAGGUGCAAGAGAAGGAGACGGAGGUGGAGGAGAAGAAGACAGAGGUGGAGGAGAUGAAGACAGAGGUGGAGGAGAAGAAGACAGAGGUGGAGGAGACGAAGACAGAUGUGGAGGAGAAGAAGGAGGAGCAGGCGGUGAUCGAGGAGCCGGCUACAGUGGAGCAGAAGGAGCAGGAACAUGUGGAGGACGAGCCUGAACCUGUGGCUGAGGCUGUGGCUGAGGCUGAGGCUGAGGCUGAGGCUGAGGCUAAGGCUGAGGCUGAUGAGUGAUGAGCUCUGGUUUAAUGUUUUUGUCCUUGGUUGUUAAGAAUAAACACUGCUUUUUCUUCCAGUUUUUUAAUGGUAGAUUCGCCAAAGUGCCUUCACUCAAUACACAGACAAAACUUUCAGUCAGCUAACUUUGAUGAAGAGGUGAUAGCUGAUGAGAUUUUAUUCUGGUCUCUGGAAACUUGUGAAGGCUGAGAAAUUCUGUGUGUGUGCGUUUUAUUAUUGUAACUGUGGUCUUACUGCACCACACAUGUUAAGCCAACAGGUGGCAGUGCUGUAUUUGUUUUCCUCUGCUGUUUCCUUUUAUCGUUUGAAGAACAGGUAGCACUGUAAAAACUGUAAUUCAAAUUAAAUAAAAUUUAAUUUGAGCACUUUGGAGUAAAAUAAAACAUCACCAUGCUAAACUCCUAAAACUGCUGUAUCCAAACAGUAACAUAUAAUCAAAUGCUCUUCAUGACUUCUACUUAGAAAUACUUUUGUAGUUUUUCAGUGUGCUGCUGCUGCUGCAAAACCUGAGGUCCUGUUUGGUCAACAAUAAAUCUUCUUUAAAAAGUAAA